CAGAGCGCUGGGCACCGACCGAACUCUGGGCCUGCGGGACGCGGAAGUGGAGACCCGCGGCCGGUGCUGCUGUGCGGACCGCCCUGCUCCCAGCCUGGCGAUCUCCUCCUGGCACCUUCUAUUUACCACUGCCCGUUACCGCUUAUCCCAGACUGUGUGUUCAACAGCUAACCCGCUUUAAACGCGCGGCCUCCACUCGGGUAAAAAACUGCUUUCAGUCAUUCUCCCUAACGGCCAUGUCAUAAUAUGAAUAAUAUGCCAUCGACUCACUUUACAGUGAAAGAAGAAACCAUAGUGGUCGGGUUCAUCACAUCAGGAGCUUUAGCAGUAAGAGUGCAGAAGAAGCCUUCCCCUGCACUGCUAACGUGUACCAUAAGGAUGAAUGUCAACAGCUUAAUCCUUGCAACACUCGGUCUGUUUCUAGUUGUACUGGAAGUCACAUUAUUUUUAGCACAGGGUGAAAGAGUUGAAUGGCCACACUGCAGAGAUGUUGCUGGCAGAGAAAGCAGCCAGGUGGGGAAAGCAAGCACUUCGCCCAGGUACCCGCCAUGCGUAAUACGGCCUCUAGGGUGCGCUAGGAGAGCAGAGGCAGUGGCAUGGCCUCUGUGUUACCCGACUUCGUCCUUCGCCUUGGUCCCCACACUGCUGGCUCUGAGGCCCCCACCAGGUUCACGCACAAGAGAUCCUUCCUUGUUUACAUGUGGAGGACGGAACCAUGGUGACCUCGGGCCAGGAUGAGAAGGUUGCAGGGUGAAUGAGAAAACGUCAUCAUUUUGUUCAAGAUGUUUUCCAGAAAGGACCUGUUCAUGAGUCCUGAUGUUGCCUUUUUUUUUUUUUUUUCUAUUCUGUAAAUAAAGAUUAGAAUGGGGACUGUGGCUGCCGCCCCUGUGUGGGUGCUGAGGGCAGCUCUCUCACUCUGGGGCCAGCGGUGCGGAGCUAAGGAGUUGUUUCUCCCAGGAAAGCUCCCUCCCUAGGUGGGGAGCAGAGGUCCGGAGAUGUGUAAGAGUCCGCAAGGCGGAGGCAGAGGAGGCAUCGUGUUAGUGGGUGAUCUUUUAAACGAUGGCUCCCAGAAAACGUAUUUCACUAUUAACA